GCGCCGCCGACAGAUCGCGCGCGCACGGCUUUCCGUCGUCCCGCGGCGCUCCCGUGGGGCCCCCGUGUGCGUGCGUGAAAAUAAAACCCCGGAGCCGAGUGGAAACUCCAAAAUGGCGCGACUGCCAAGUGUAAACACCCAGUUUUGAUGUCGGUGCGGAGUGUGGAAGCCGCCGUACGCCCGCGUCGAUAUCCUCUCGCGCCCCCAGCGCGCCCCGUUUUUCCGUCGCACCGUGGCAACAGGAAAUUCCGGCUGAAUGUUCACGGUAUCCUCGAUCGCCCAUUCUAUUCCAGGGAGCGACCCGAACAAAAUGGCACAGAAGCGCAGUGCUGUCCACAUAGGAUCCGACGAGGAUGAUCCGAGUGGCUGUAAAUAUAGGAGACUGGACGAUGACAAUGUACAGGACAAAGAGAGAUUUGCCAGCAGGGAGAAUCAUUGCGAGAUCGAGCGGCGGCGGCGGAACAAGAUGACCGCCUACAUCACCGAGCUCUCCGACAUGGUGCCGACCUGUUCAGCCCUGGCCCGCAAGCCCGACAAGCUCACGAUCCUAAGGAUGGCGGUGGCGCACAUGAAAGCUCUCAGAGGCACCGGAAAUACUGCCACGGACAACGCCUACAAGCCAUCCUUCCUCACGGACCAGGAGCUGAAACACUUGAUCUUGGAAGCGGCGGAUGGUUUCCUGUUCGUGGUGAGCUGCGACACGGGCAGAAUCAUCUACGUAUCCGACUCGGUCGCGCCGGUGCUGAACUACACCCAGAGCGACUGGUUCGGCAGCAGCCUCUACUCGCAGGUUCAUCCCGACGAUACCGAGAAGGUGCGGGAGCAGCUCAGCGCGGCGGAGCCGCAGCACGGUGGCCGAGUGUUGGACCUCAAGACCGGAACGGUUAAGAAGGAAGGUCAAUCCUCGAUGCGGCUGUGCAUGGGCUCAAGAAGGGGCUUCAUCUGCCGCAUGAAGGUCGGGAAUCUGCAGACCACGGGCGACAUGGCAGCGGCGCAUGGGCUGUGCCGUAUGAAGCAGAGAAACUCCCUGGGACCGCCAGCGCGGGACGGACAGAAUUACGCGGUGGUGCACUGCACCGGAUACAUCAAGAAUUGGCCACCCACAGGUGAUUUUGUUCCCCCAUGUGUACCAGGUGUGGGUCUAGGUGACAGAGGUCCAGGGGGCGUUCAAUCUGGUCCAGACGGCGUGGAUGAGAAUGCUUCCACGCACUGCUGCCUUGUCGCCAUUGGGCGAUUACAGGUCACUAGCACACCAAAUAGUAGCGACUUAGCAGGUUCCAAUAGCAAUAGCGAAUUUAUAUCACGCCACUCUGCAGAAGGUAAAUUUACCUUCGUGGAUCAAAGAGUCGGCGGAAUUUUGGGUUACACUCCAUCGGAACUCUUAGGUCAUCCUUGCUACGAAUUUUUCCAUCCGGAGGAUCUGUCACACAUGCGGGAGAGCUUUGAACAAGUGUUGAAGUUGAAAGGGCAAGUCGUGUCCGUGAUGUACAGAUUUCGGGGUAAGAACCGCGAUUGGGUAUGGUUGAGGACGUCGGCAUUUGCGUUCUUAAAUCCGUACAACGAAGACAUCGAAUAUAUCGUCUGCACAAACACGCAUGCAAAGUCGUUUCAUCCUAGUAACGACGGUCAAACGGAGAGUGAAGUUGUACCUGCAUAUGGACAACCUGGCCUGGAUUAUUCCCUUCAGAGACAUCCUACCAGGGAUCCGCUCUACUCUGCGCAUCACAUGAUACAGCAUCCAGCAACUGUAGCUACAGCCAUUGAGUGCACGUCAUUCGCAGGUCCGCAACAACCAAGGCCGUCCAGCACACAGAACGUAUACCAGAGCUACGAGACGACGCAGUCGCCGAUAGCUUAUGGGUCACCUGGACAGCAAAGCGCGUCCUCAUCGGUCUUAAGUAGGAUCCAGAAGCCAGCUAAUACAUCCCCAACUCCGCAAGCAUGGGCGAUUGGAAGACAGCAACCUGUGACAGAAGGCUACCAGUACAGUCAAUUAAGUCCAUCAAGGUCACCGAGUGGACCGACGUACACUCAGCUCAGUAGCGGCGCUAGAACUCCGGCUACACAGCAAUAUCACGCAGUCACAACAGUGCCUAAUAAUCCUGGUAUGUGGGGUUGGCAGAGUCAGCAGCAUCAGACGCAGCAACCGGACGGACAGACUGGCCCUCAGGUAUCUGCGCAGGCACAGCCGCCGCAUCCUGGUCAGGCCGGGCCCGGUACACAGCCGCAAGAGCUGUCCGACAUGCUGCAGAUGCUGCAAGAUCAGGGCGGCUCGUCUGGCUUCGAGGAACUGAACAUGUUCAACACUAAUUUCGAGUAGCAACGAGAAAGGCGAUACGCCUCUGAGAAGCAGCUUCUUUAGAGGAAUUUUCUCUCUUCCGGGCUUUCCCUGGCUGUUCAAUAUCACUUCGAGGAUUUGAUCUUGGGCAUCGCAAUCCGCACCCUCACGUCAGCAUCCGGAGGAUCGUUCACGGAGAAAAGAGAAACGCGAUUUAACAAUUUAGCACCGCAUAUAUAGACUUUACGCAAAAAAAACGAUCGCACUGGGAUUAGGACAGCCUAGUCUACCGGAUUAUUUACAUAUUAUACAUACGUAUUAUAAUGAGAGGUUUUUGAUUCAUUGUCAUGGAUAUCAGACGCUAUUGGGUAUGAUCGUCGCGUCACGCGCUGAUUAUUUCCAGAAUUAUGAGCAUGGUUUCGCUGCGAAAAUACCAUUAAGACAUCAAGAGCGACUGUACGUCAUGACAGUUAUUAAUUAGUGCUCGAAAUAAAUUAUAAUGCGCACAGAUGGGCUACCCACAUUUGGCAUAAGCUAUUAAAUAUAAAGUGACAUUUUACAUUUAUAAAUUUUACAUUAAAAUAAAAGGCGCAACCAAUAAAGAUACUAAUAACUGGUAAAUGCUUUCAAAUGAUUUAGACGAUUGUAUUUCGAUGAAUCUGGAAUUAAAUUUUAAAAAUUAAUUCCAAAUUUAUUCAAAUCUAUUCACGAUGAGGAAAACUAUUUAUAAAUGAUGUUGAUUGAUUAGUGAAUGGCCUGUAGAUGAAUAUUCAUGGCCUUAUUACAGGUAUUCUAAACAUAUGUAAGCAUCUGUGCUUAUUAUACAAAUCAAGUGACAAUUUUAAUUUUCAUGACAAUUUUAAGGUAUCAUGCGAUUCGAUAAAUAUUUAACGAAGAAAAAGAAAAAUGAAAAUAACAAAAGUGUACUCUCUAAACAAUAAGAAAAAGUAUUUUUAAAAAAAAACUUCUCAAUCAAAAAUCUAUACACAAAUCACGGUAAUUUUAAUACCAGCUUAUCGUUAGAUUUAUAAGGUUAGCUUAAUUAUUUUAAUUUAGAUCUUUGUAAUUAUAAACAGUGCAAUCGUAAACCAACACGCGACAAGAAAUCGUUCGAGACAUUGACAAUGUACAAAAAUUGUGUAAUCCACCUUUGCUUCUCUGUGCAAGACACCGUUUUUAGAUAUUCUUAAAGAAAAAAAAAUAUAGAUAAUGUUACACAUACGAAUAAUUGCAUUUAUAAGUAACCACGUGUGACUUAGCGCGUUUGUACGUGUUUUAGCAAAUUUUGACAAGCACAUUGAAACGAAAUUGCAGCAUAUCAUGAUGAAUUGGGAACAUUUUUCACUAAUAUAUGAACUAUACAUAUACGCAUGAUUUUUUUUUAAUCAUCCUACAUCGCGACGAGAAUAGUACCAUCACUUUUUGACAAUAACUAAUAUAUUGAGCCUGGUGCAGGCGUCAAUAUUUAUAUGCGAAUGUUAAGUAUGAAUUCGUCUCUAUCAAAGGAGAUUACUUUACAAAUCCCUCAUCCACUGUUAUAUAUUCCUUUGCACACUAUCCACCCGCGUAUUAUAGCUCCACAAGAAUCCGCGAUUCAUAUGAUUUAAAGAGCGAAGGGUGUUAGAAAUGCAUACGUAUAUCAUGCAAUAAAGGUAUAAAAAAUA